GCACGCGACUGCGGAUGUACUUAUAAAAGGUCUUCGCGUGCCUUUCAGAAAGCCGCAAAAAAGAAAGGAUGGAGACGGUGCUGGAUCCGUUUGCAGGACUGGACUCUUUCUCCUCCGCCUACUUCGACGAUGAUGACUUCUUCACCGAGCGAUGCUCGCGCGAUCACACAGACGCGGACGACUUCUUGGACGACGAUGUCGACUUCCUCGCGAGCCAAAUCCAAGAGUACUACGAGGACUACCGUGCGCGCGAUGGAGACUACAGCUGCGACGUGGGCCGCUUCUCCUCUGCUUCCUCCUCCUCCUCUUCGUCUUCCUCCUCCUUGUCGUACAGCGUGCCGGGUUUUUCUCCGAGGCGCGGUGACGGCGCUCUGCAGCUGAAGAGGCGCAGAAGAGCGCGUUCCGAGCAGGAGAUGCAGCAGCUGCGUCAAGCCGCCAACGUGCGCGAACGCAGACGCAUGCAGUCCAUCAAUGACGCGUUCGAAGGUCUGCGAUCGCACAUCCCCACCCUGCCUUACGAGAAACGUCUCUCCAAAGUGGACACGCUGCGCCUCGCCAUCGGUUACAUCAACUUCCUGGCUGAACUGGUGCAAUCCGACGCGCCCAUCAGGAAUUCCAGCCAUGAAGCUCUAAAUCAGCCCAAAAAAGUCAUCAUCUGCCACAGAGGAACAAGAUCUCCUUCCCCUGAUGAUCCAGAUUACGGCCUGCCCCCACUGGCCGGUCACUCUUUGUCCUGGACGGAUGAGAAGCAGCUCAGGGAGCAGAACAUUAUCCGCAGGGCGAAGGUUUGGACCCCGGAGGAUCCUCGCAAAGUGCACUUCAAAUCCACGUUUGCCAACAUCGAGAACGAACCUCCGUUUGAGUUGGUCGCGUGACGUGAACCUAAUCCCGGUGUUUAUUCGGUACACGGACUGUGUGGGAUUCUCCACUGUGUUUAUGUCGCGUUUGUAAAUAUUUAUUAUUAUUAUUAUUAUUAUUAUUAUUAUUAUUAUUAUUAUUAUUAUUAUUAUUAUUAUUACUUCAGCUGUCCUGCAGUCUGAGACUGACUGUAGAUCCGCUGGCAAUCACUGUGUAGUGCGUCGUUAUUUAAUUUUUCCUUAAUUGAGUUUUUUGGGAUAAUAUAUUUUUUUUAUAAUUUAACGUUGAUUUCUACGGAUGUCUAACGAGACAAAACCUAUUUUUUAUAAAAAUGAAACGUACCGUGUCUCAAAUGGUUUAUAUUUAUAAUGAUGAUGAUGAUGAUUCAAUAAAUUCUUCUAUUGAUUCA